UGCGCAGCUGACUUCCUUCCACCUGCGGAUUGCCAAUCCGUCCCCUCGUCCGCAGGAGCGGCCCCAGCACCUCCCUCCUUCCAAAGAACUCGUCUUUGUCUCCUCCCCUCUACCACCAGUCCACGCGCUCCCUUCCCCCUCUCCCUUCUCCCUCGCACGGCGCUCCUCGCCUCCUCCGGAGCCGCCGCCGUGUCCCACUCCCUCCGUGGAGCUGCCCCAGCAGCAUCUGCAGCCGUCCCCGCUCCUCGCGCUCGCCCCGACAGCCGGAGAUCCGGGGCUUCCUUGGUGGCUAGGUUGUUUGUGGGAAGGUUCUGAUUUGGAGGCAUUCGAUUGGUUGCGAGCUGCGGGGAUGAAUACGAGGCCGCUGGUGCUCGUCUUCCUCCUGCUCGUGCUCGUCAUCACGUCGCAGUUCGAGUGGAAGCAGCAGAUCGGGGACGCCGCCGAUGCCGACCCGGUUGCCGCGCGCCGGCGGCAGCAGCUGCUCACCAGGGAGGACGCCGUCAAGGAAAAGAUAAUAUUAUCUCAGGAAAAAAAUAUUCAACAGCUUAAUCAGCUUAUUGAGAGCCUUCAGCGCCAGCUACUACAUUGCCGUGGUAGCAACAAUACUGUUCAUGCCACCACUGUUGCCGCUACAGAAGUAGGUGAAGCCGAGGGACAUGAAAUCAUUGAUGAUGAUAAUAGAUAAUCCCUUCGCAAACGGUUCUUUGAUUCUAGUACAGCAGCCAAAGAACAAAGGUUAAUCUGCACCGUACUCUGUAUGAAUACAGAAAUUAUGAGAUGUCUAAUGGAGGAUUGGGCCAUACUUUAAUUCACUGUAUUGUAUACUUGCUGCUACCGACUAGUGGCUUUCACCCCCUAUAAGCCUGUAGAAAGUUGUAAUUUGUAAUAUGAGUUUAGGCCACGGCCACUAAUUCAAUUGUAUGUUACCUGGCCAUUCUUUGUUCUGAUAAUGUGUAUGAUUCUGCCCUCGAAGGCUAAAUAUUUUAUAAUCACAUUUUUUGUAUUCGACCCAUGAAUGCAUAAGCUUCAGUUAGCUUACGAAGCUUUGAAA